AUAUCGUUUAAGAAUCCGAUCGUCGAUAGGACCGAGCGAGGGAAAGGAAUGGCUCCGAUAGCAGUUGGAGAUACUAUUCCCGAUGGAACUCUACCUUGGUUUGAUGAGAAUGAUCAGAUCCAGCAGCUAUCGAUUCACACACUCGCCGCUGGCAAGAAGAUCGUCCUCAUAGGUGUUCCCGGCGCCUUCACCCCCACCUGCAGCAUGCAGCAUGUGCCCAGUUUCAUCACCAGUGCCGAGGAAUUAAAGUCGAAGGGUAUCGAUGAGAUCCUUGUUAUUAGCGUCAAUGAUCCGUUUGUGCUGAAGGCCUGGGCAAAGACUUACACGGAUAACAAGCACGUGAAGUUCCUCGCCGAUGGCUCUGCAAACUACACAAAGGCCCUCGGCCUGGAGCUGGAUCUGAGCGAGAGAGGGCUCGGACUGCGCUCUCGCAGGUACGCAAUCCUGGUGGAAGAUCUCAAGGUGAAGGUGGCCAACAUUGAGGAGGGUGGGGCUUUCACCGUCUCCGGUGCCCAUGAGAUCCUCAAGUCUCUGUGAUGAUAAAACUGCUGCUCUUUUUGAGAGUAAGAACGUGGUGGUGUGCGUUUUUCUAUUCCGUCCGUCUGAAUAAAAGUGCUUUCUAGUUUGUCUGUUUGUUUUGUCAAGUGUUUCUGGGUUGUGGUUAGGAGGGAGAACGCAGUUAUAAAAUUUAGUUCUUCAGUGUUUAUUGGUAGAAA